GCUGACGUCACCUCUUGCUCAAGCUCUGGAAAGGCUCAGGUAAGAAGUGUCUCCACAGCCAGAGCACCAGUCACCCGAGGCCAGGGGCAGCCCUGAGAAAAUGCCACAGCACAGGAAGAAGGGGGCACAUAUGUCUGUGACUGUCACCACUGGACAGUAGCCCCUAGGUGAAUGGUGGCUGUGCUAAGAUCAUUUGCCAUUAGAACUUGGUAGUCCAUAAGAUGGCGAGGGAACAUCAUGGUGCUCAUGACUAUUGUUCUGGCUGUAGUCACAUCCUAGUCCCACCGCAGCAGCUGGGCUGUUAGGUGGAAAGUGGCAUUAAAGGUCUCUUUUCUGUCUGUCACUCCUGCACUGUUUCCAGUAGAACUGAGACAUGGCAGAGCAGGGCAGCAGGGGUGGUCCUGUAGCUUACACGGGCAGGAGAGGGGGUGGCCUUUCGGAAGCUGCUGCUGUCUUAGGUUUUUCAUGGUGCUGUGUUAAGAGCAACCUCGUUAGUUCCCGCCAUGCCUGUCCUCAACUGUGCUGCAACACCAUACACCACUCCUAAAAAGCAGCGGGGAGGUGCAUACAUCUAGACCAUUUCCAUUUCAAUUAAACAUUCAAAAACAAAGUGAAAAAGAGCUGCCUCUGCCUAGCCUCACAUUUUGGGAAAUACUAUCUGGGACAGACACACAGACACACACACACACACACAAUGAAAUACUAUCUGGGACACACACACACACACACACACACACACACACACACACACACACACACACACACACACACACACACACACACGAAACCCUGAAUCUACUAUCUGGGACAGACAAUGAAACCCUGAAUCUACACACACACACACACACACACACACACACACAAAAGCUGAAUCUUUAUGAAACAGUUAAGGGUAAACAUAGACCAUUUGGGCCAGGGAAAUCCUUUGUCCAGUAAGGGCAUUGGAAUUUGAAUUUAGCUCAGCCUCGUCUGCAAGCCAUUAAUCUCCUGAGCUAAAGUAACGGAAAAGCAUGACCCUCAAUUUCACUCACAGCUGGGAACAUGUUACCUCCCUUGGCUGGGGGCGUGGGUGGUGGGGAUAGCACUGGCCUCUUCCUAGCAAGGGUGAACAAAGGAGCCACACAGGCACACUCUGAGACGUAACAGUUAACAUUCACCACCACCCUGCUAGGGAGAAAGACUGAAAGCACCGGAGGGCUGUUGCAGCCAGUCACCUCCAAUGGCAAUACCUUGGAAAGUCAAGAGCUUUGUGCUCAACACUACUUUGUGUCAGCUCAGAGGUGGGGGAAAAACCCUUUUAAGGAAACUAACUUCAGUGGGCUGCUCUGAUGCCAGGACUUUCAGGCCCUCUAGACAUAAGCCGAACCACAGAUGGCUGCAAGUCAGUCUGGAUCCUGACACCCGCCCUCCCCACCCCCAGCUUCAGCACCAGUUGUUGGCCAAAAAUAAACACCAUUCCUCAACCAUAUAUGUCCACCAGUCCUGAUCUGAGGAGGAAGCAGGAGGCAGGUCAGACCCUUGCUGGGCACACUCACGUGAGGCAGCCACUCGCCAUGCACAUAACCCAGCUCAAUCGGGAGUGCCUGCUCUGCCUCUUCUCCUUCCUGGACAAGGACAGCAGGAAGAGCCUCUCCAGGACUUGCUCCCAGCUCCGGGAUGUGUUUGAGGACCCCACCCUGUGGCCCCUGCUGCACUUCCAUUCUCUCGCAGAGCUCAAGAAGGACAACUUCCGGCUGGGCCCUGCACUGCGCAGCUUGUCUAUCUGCUGGCAUUCCAGCCGCGUGCAGGUGUGCAGCAUCGAGGAUUGGCUCAAGAGUGCCUUCCAGAGGAGCAUCUGCAGCCAGCACGAGAGCCUGGUCAAUGACUUCCUCCUGCAGGUGUGCGACAGGUGCCCCAAUCUGGCGUCCGUCACACUUUCUGGCUGCGGUCACGUCACCGACGACUGCCUGGCCCGCCUGCUGCUCAGCUGCCCGCGCCUGCGCGCGCUGCGCCUCGAGAACUGCGCGCGCGUCACCAACCGCACUCUGGCGGCCGUGGCCGCGCACGGGCGCGCGCUGCAGACGCUGCACGUGGACUUCUGCCGCAACGUGAGCGCCGCAGGCCUGCUUCGUCUGCGCGCCGCCUGCCCGAACCUGACCCUGAGCGCCGAGCACAGCGCGGCCAUGAUGCCGGACCAGCCGCCGCUCGCGCGCGGGUGCGCUGCCUCGGUUUCCCCGGCUGCACCUGGGGGCCGAUGCCAACCUCACGCCACGAGUUCCCGUGGAGGACGCGCGCGCGAUUAAACGAGCGGACGCUUGUAAAACAUUCGGUGGUUCUAACGUCCCUCCGGACCCCGCGGGUCUUACCCGCGCGCUCACUAGCACCAGCGGCGGGACCGUGCACUAGGCUGGCGAGGAGCCUCUGAAUGGUGGGGCACACACCGAAGCAGGAUGCACAAGCCAUUCUAGAAAACUCGCUCCCGGCCCUGCAUGACUGAUAGUUAUCAAUAUUUCUCCUACGGUUAUCACAAGGGAAAAUGUGUCACUUGAAAAAAAAAAAAGACCAGUAUUUAAAGAUAAAAGCAAUAGCUCUAGUUAAGUGCUUAGAUAUGGAACCAUUAUUAGCUGAUGAAAGAACAGACUUUUCAUUUCCUAGAUUUGCUGGUCCUGGGCCUGGACUUGAGGUCGGUAUCACUUUAGUCGUCCUGUCCCCAUGGCCAGGGCCUAGACAGGGAUGGAGCAAGCAGGUAAAUGGAUAUGACUCGGAGGAGGGCAUGAAGCUCGGGUGACUCCUUCCACCGCCAGCUGUAAUCAAGGCUCAGUCAUUUAUCUGCUGCCAGGUUUUUCAGUUUUCUGUGAAAUGGUUUCCCGAUUCCGACCCACAGAGGAGAAACAGCAAGAAAAAGACAGAUUCUGUUCUGUUCCCACGAAGCCUCUAUUUUGAUCCAGGCAGUAAUUGGUCCAGAAGGUGACUUGUGGGGUAGGGAGGGGAUGGCUCUGGGAUUGGUGGCAACCCCGGUGGUGGGGAGGCACUCAGAAGGGGUUGACCAACUAAAUCUCAUGAAGAAGGUGACACUUGAGCCAUGAAUCGAGCCAGGGCUCCCAGCAAGCCAUAUGGACACUGUUAGAAACCAAGAAACUUUCAGGGCGCCAGACUGAACAUUGUUGGGUGUUAGCUACAGCGAUGAGAUCAACAUGGCUGGAGAGGGGUUGAGAACGGGACGAAGGAGCUGUGAAGGGCAGAUUAUGGGAAGGAUUAAAUGAGCCCUUGGGGGUCACCUCAUGCCAGUGGGAAUCAGCAGGGCACACACAGGGAAAGCCAGUGAAGUUCAAGAACAACGUCCAGGCUCUCACCCCUCUCUGGGCAGAGCAAAGCUGCUGUCAAAGGCCUGAGCCCACAGGGUUAAGGCAUUAUUUCCAAUUAAAAUAAACUGAAGCCUGCAGACUGCACACCUCAUCUCAGCGGGAAAGCACUGCUGUCACUGGGAGGAAACCCAGGAGUCAAAGGGACCUUAACCUCAUCAGCACAGAGCCCUACUCUUAGGGAGACUCUCGGGGCCCAGAGACCCAGGCAGAGUCUUCCUACCAAGACCAGAAUUAAGGGCUUGUCUUUAUCCAGAAGUCCCUGGUGUCUCCCAGAAACUUCAGUCUUUCUCUAAGGCUCAAUUCUCUGCUUUUCACUCAGAUUCAUGCACUACUUGCCAUGGCUGGCAGAAUCUCAUUUUUCUGAACAUAAACACUGCUUUUCUGCUGAUAAAUAACUACCUUCCCAUUUCUCUGCCUGAUCCCUUAUUUCCCUUGACUCCAUGGGAAGCAGCCUGUGACACAGACUUGGUAGGAAUAAAAGAGACAAGAUGCCCACAGACCUCCAACCCUUUUUGGUAAACUGCAGAAGCCUCACAGCCACCUAGAGGCAGCUCAGAUGGGCAAUUAGCAACCACCCACGGGGCUGGGUCCAAGCACCAAGUGGGACUUUCUCAAUCCCUCACACAACUCUCUCAUCCACACACUAGCCCUCACACGAAUUCACAGCACUUGUUAUGCAUGCUGAGUCUGCAGUGCACAGCUGUCCCUUCUGGGCCACCCUUUCCUUUGAUGUCCUUUGGUCCUAUGGCUUGCUCAUUCUGUCUCUAGAUCUGACCACAUGGCAUCGGCAUGGAGAUGCUGUCCCACAUCCAUGUGCUGAAGCUUUGCAGGAGGGGUGCUGCCAAAAAGCUCUGCUCCAGAGUGAGGAAACAAAACCAGACAGACACCCAGGAUGCCAGGAGAACAUAGGGAAGGAGGCAGCCAGGUCCCAGCGUCUCCCACCACUGUGACCCUUGGUAGUAUCUUUUUCAGAUGAAACCUGCCCCAGUUUCUGAAUGGCCAAAGAGCAUCAACGUGACACUGGCUGCACAGCAAAGCUUAUGCCAUCUGGGCUCAUGUCUGCCUCAACUCCUAGCCCGGAGCUUCCCUGGUUCAACAACAGUAGCUUCCAGUCUGAUUCCUGAAUCUAUUUUAUUUCUUUGCGUAAGGAACCCUGCACAGGCGAAUCAAACUAAAACAAAAUAAAUAUAUGAAUAUUCAUGUAAAACUGUCCUUUCUAAUGAACAAUUAUACACAAUGUACAGUUUCAUGUUCACUGGGUAGGCUUACAAAAAUGUAUCAUUCCCAACUAAAAAUGCACCAAAAUGGUUUCAUGCAAACUUAUCCAAAGUGACCAAAAAUACAGAGGGAAACCUGACUGAGCAGUUUCUGCUUUUGUUUUUGUACAAUCACUUGAAAAAUAAAAACAUCUAAUUUCUUUGUUUCAUUUGAAGUAA